ACCAAUGGCGCGGCAACCCGGAGCCGAGCCUCGAUGGUGACAGAGAAAGAGGACAUGAAGAAGCUUGAGUUCAUUGAGGAGAUGACCACAAACGUGGACGCGGUUCAGGAGCACGUGCUGGUGGAGAUCCUCGACCGCAACGGCGGUAGCGAGUACCUUGAGAAAUGCGGCCUCGCCGCCGCCACCGACCGCACCACCUUCCGCGCUAAGGUGCCCAUGGUGACAUACGAGGACCUGAAGCCGUACGUCAUGCGCGUUGCCAACGGCGACAGGUCCCCCAUCCUGUCAGGUCCCAGCCACCCCAUCUCCGAGUUCCUCCUCAGCUCCGGUACGUCGGGUGGCGAGCCCAAGCUGAUCCCCACCGUCGAGGAGGAGCUUGACCGCCGCCAGCUUCUAUAUAGCCUCCUCAUGCCAGUCAUGAACAAGUUUGUGCCUGGGCUCCAGAAGGGGACUGGCCUCUACUUCCUCUUCGUCCGUUCGGAGACGAAGACGCCAAGCGGCCUGCCAGCGCGGCCCGUCCUGACAAGCUACUACAAGAGUGAUUACUUCAAGAAACACGCGAGCAACACAUGCACAAGCCCGCUGGCGGCCAUCCUGUGCGCGGACGUGUUCCAGAGCAUGUACGCGCAGAUGGUUUGCGGCCUGUGCCAGCGCCACCAGGUGGUGCGCGUCGGCACCGUGUUUGCCUCGGGCCUCCUCCGUGCCAUCCAGUUCCUCCAGCAGCACUGGGAGCAGCUCGCAGCAAACAUCGAGCACGGCGAGCUCAGCCCCUGCGUGUCGGACCCAUCGGUGCGUGCGGCGGUGGCUGGCAUCCUCCAGCCAGACCCCAAACUUUCCCAGCUCAUCCGCACAGAGUGCUCCAAUGGCGACUGGGCGGGCAUCAUCGUGCGCCUCUGGCCCAACACCAUGUACCUGGACACAAUAGUCACUGGAUCCAUGGCGCAGUACGUCACGAUCCUGAGCUACUACGGCGGCGACCUGCCGAUCGCCUCCACCAAGUACGUGUCCUCGGAGUGCCCCAUGGGCCUCAACCUCCACCCCAUGUGCGACCCGUCCGAGGUGUCCUACACCAUCCUGCCCAACCUGGCCUACUUCGAGUUCCUCCCCACGGACGGCGCCGCCGCCGCAGCGGAGCUCGUCGAGCUCGCCGACGUGGAGACCGGGCGCGAGUACGAGCUGGUGGUCACCACCUACGGCGGCCUCAGCCGCUACCGCGUCGGCGACGUUCUCCGCGUCACGGGAUUCCACAACGCGGCGCCGCAAUUCCGGUUCGUGCGCCGGAGCGCCGCGCUGCUGUCCGUCAACGUGGACAAGACCGACGAGGCCGAGCUGCAGCGCGCGGUGGAGCGCGCGGCCGCGCUGCUCCGCCCGCACGGCGCGGCGGUCCUGGACUACACCAGCCGGGCGUGCACGAAGACCCUCCCGGGGCACUACGUCGUCUACUGGGAACUGAUGGCUACCAACCAGCAAGAGGGAGCCAGCGGCACCCGGAGCGUGGACAGCGACGUGCUAGCCAGGUGCUGCCUGGAGAUGGAGGAGUCCCUGAGCUACGUCUACUGGGUGCUUAGGGUUGUGGAUGGAGCGAUCAGGCCCCUGGAGAUCCGAGUCGUCCGGCCGGGCACCUUCCAAGAGCUCGUCAACUUGGCCGUCUCCCAUGGCGCGUCCGUGGGGCAGUACAAGGUGCCCCGAUGCGUAACGGUCUCGGCCGUCAUCCAGCUUCUUGAUUCGCGCGUUGCCUCCAGCCACUUCAGCCCCGCCUUGCCGCACCGGGCACCAUGGACAGCGCUUUCAAGCGUACAGAAUGCUGCUGAGGCUGCAUAA